CCUCCAAUGAAAGUGAAAGUGUGUCUGAGCAACAGCAGAGCUGCAGUCGAGACAAGUCUCUCUGUUUCUCUCUGAAGAAACUUUCAACUGAAUCCAUCAGGUUUUUCUCAACAAAACAGCAGAAUCUCUGCCAAACCCUGAGUGUGGAUAUGUCUGCUGCCAGCUGUCUGCUGACUGAAGAUCAGUUUCUGUGCUCCAUCUGUCUGGAUGUGUUCACUGAUCCAGUCAGCACACCAUGUGGACACAACUUCUGUAAAACCUGCAUCACUGAACACUGGAAUAUUAAUGUCCCGUGUCAGUGUCCCAACUGUAAAAAGGUUUUCUACACAAAACCUGAGUUGCAGGUCAACACUUUCAUCUCUGAGAUGGCUGCUCAGUUCAGACAGUCAGCUCAACAGAAAACCAGCAGCAGCAGCUCAGAGCAACAAGCUGCCAAACCAGGAGAAGUUCCCUGUGACGUCUGCACUGGAACCAAACUGAAGGCCCUGAAGUCCUGCCUGGUGUGUCUGGCCUCCUACUGUGAGACUCACCUGGAGCCUCAUCUGACAAUGGCAGGCCUGAAAAGACAUCAGCUGAUCGACCCUGUGGAGAACCUGGAAGGCAGGAUGUGUAAGACCGACCAGAUGUGUGUCUGCAUGCUCUGCACUGUUUCAGACCACAAGACACAUGAUGUUGUUCCUCUGAAAGAAGGAUAUGAAGGAAAGAAGGCCGAGCUGGGGAAGACAGAGGCUAAAACUCAGCAGAUGAUCCAGAAGAGACGACUGAAGAUUCAGGAGAUCAAACGCUCGGUGGAGCUCAGUAAGGAAGAUGCAGACAGAGAGAUAGCAGGUGGUGUUCAGGUCUUCAGCGCUCUGAAGGAGUCUGUUGAGAGAAGCCAGGCCGAGCUCAUCGACAUGAUCAAAGAGAAGCAGAGAAAGACAGAGAAACAGGCUGAAGGCUUCAUCAAAGAGCUGGAACAGGAAAUCUCUGAGCUGAAGAAGAGAAGCUCUGAGGUGGAGCAGCUCUCACGCUCUGAAGACCACCUCCACCUCCUCCAAAGCCUCCUGUCCCUGAACGCUGCUCCACCCACCAAGGACUGGACAGAAGUCAGCGUCCGUCCACCUUCAUAUGAGGGGACUGUGAGGAGAGCUGUGAAUCAGCUGGAGGAGACGCUCAGGAAACAGAUGAAGAAGCUGCUUGAGGCUGAACUGAAAGGGGUCCAGCAGUAUGCAGUGGAUGUGACACUCGAUCCUGAUACAGCAAAUCCCUAUCUCAUCCUGUCUGAUGAUGGAAAACAAGUACACGAUAGUGACGUAAAGAAGAAUCUCCCAGGGAAUCGAGAAAGAUUUGAUACUUGUCCUAAUGUCUUAGCAAAGCAGAGUUUCUCUUCAGGAAGAUUUUACUACGAGGUUCAGGUUAAAGGGAAGACUGACUGGGAUUUAGGAGUGGCCAGAGAGUCGAUCAACAGGAAGGGACUAAUCCCACUGAGUCCUCAGAAAGGUUAUUGGAUGAUUUUGUUGAGGAAUGAAAAUGAAUACGAAGCUGCUGCUGGCCAUCCAGUCCGUCUCUCUCUGAAGUCUCAGCCUGAGAAGGUGGGGGUGUUUGUGGAUUAUGAGGAGGGUCUGGUCUCCUUUUAUGACGUUGAUGCUGCAGCUCUUAUCUACUCCUUUACUGGCUGCUACUUCACUGAGAAACUCUACCCACUCUUUUGUCCCAGUCUUAACUAUGGUGGUAGAAACUCUGCCCCUCUGAUCAUCUCUACCGUCAAUUAUACUGAGUAGAACAUUUGAUUUUCUACAGAAAGAUUAAUUUAAUAUAACAAUAUUUAUUGCUGAUGGUAUACACCCAACACACCAAUUUAACUGCUUCGACUGAUUUGAUCUAAUAUUGUCUAAUUUAUUCUGCAUUACCUUCCUUCAAGACUGUUAAAGAUGACUGUUUGAUGUCUGGGUGCCAAAUUCUAAACUUUUUAUUGUCUGAUUUUUUUAUAUAAUUAUAUGUAUAUACAGUGCAUGUUAUUUAAUUGUGCCUUUCAUGGUCACAAGUCUGAAUAAGGUCAGUGAGAUAAGCAGGGGAACGAUUUUAGGGGGAUUUGAAUAAUUAAUAGUAGGAUUUUAAAGUUAUUCCUUUUCGACACAGGGAGCCAAGUUUACUUGUAUCAGCAGAGGAGAGACAUGUUCCGUAGACUUCGAGUGUGUUAUGAUCCGUGCUGCAGAAUUCUGGAUGAGUUGAAGUGCCUGCUAGGAUUGCAUUGCAGUAGUCAAUACGUGAUGAGACCAAAGGCUGAGUUGGAGAAAGAAAGGGUACAGUCCAAUAUGACACAAAGGCUCUUUACCUGUGAACCAAUGAGCAGUAGCUCAGUCUGACUGCUAUUGAGUUGUAGGUGGUUGUGUCAUCCGUGACUGUAUAUCAUGCAGGCAAGCCCUAUUCACUUUAGCGGCCCGUGGGCCACAUCUGUCCCCGAAGCAUAAAUAAUCUGGUAUAUGACAAAAAAAGUAAAACUACAUGUAUUGUAUGGAACUAGCUAACGACUGAGCCAGAUUAUUUCCUUUUCAUAUUUGUUGAAUUUUACAUGAGCUGUACCAAUCACCGCCAGUCCAGGGCUCAACAAUAAGGAGUGCCCGACCUGCGGCAUCUCCCCUACUGAUGCUAACGACAACCACGCUCGUUAGUGUGAGUACGUGAUGCAAUAAAAACUUCGCUAGUAAAAAGCCAAUACUAAAUACUUAAACCUGUUUAAUACACACGCAAAACGCAAUGUUUUAAUCUGCUCAGUCUCUCAUCCACUGCAGCUGUGUUUUGGUUUUACACAGGCUCGGCGGUAGUUUGGCUAAAGCUAAUUGUUAAAACAAGCUAAAGUGAAAGCUGUCUGUCUUCAGUAACGGUUUAGCUUAGUUUGCCAGUACAUUAAAAUAUGGCACAUUAUAAACUCAGCGGUUUGAGACAGACCAGCCCUCCUCUCUACCUGCAGCUGCAGAGGGAGGAGGAUGACGACGACGACAAGAGGGGCUGCUUGCCUGAGUUGUUCAUUCUUUCUAAGGAAUAUGAUUUAUUUUGACAUUUUAGAUUUGUUUCCAGUGAGAUAUGAGUGACUUUGGUGUUGUAAAUCUUUUUGUUGCUAUAGAAACAUUUAGUUAAAUUAGUAUUUCAAAUAAUUAUUUAUUUAUUUAUUUAGUAAUAAAUAGGACUGAUGAGAGCAUUGAGAAAGAACUGAACCAAUAAGGAGUGCCAAUACAAGUGUGUCAAUAAAAUCCUACUGAUACCCAUUCCAAUUUGAGAAUAUGUCCGGCACCUCUCCAUGUCCUGGUUUUAAAAUCCGGCCCAAUUGAAUUUGUAAUUGAAUAUCCUUGAUUAGGGAAAUGUUAUCAUGAUAAAAAGUUCUAUAUCUUUUAAUAUUGAUAAUUAUCACGAUAAGUAUCAAAUCGUCAUUUCUUUGGAGUUUAAAGGCCGAUUUCUGCUCCUGAGUGAAAGUUGAAGAAACCUGAUGUUAGUGGGGGAAAUGUGGGGGAGAUUCACAAACUGUGGUUUACACUCUUCUUUAGGGACAACACUUGAUGUCAUACAGUGGAUCACUUCACAUAUCUGAGGAAGAACAUUCAAAACAAUUAUGAUAAAAUCUUCAAACAAAUAUGCAUGAGUAAAAAAAUUAAAAGCUUUUUUCAGUCGAUUUUAACUCAACAAAAUAAACAUUUUAAUAAAGUCGUAAUUUGGGUAUGAUUUAAGUUUAUAAAAUCAAAAAUGUUUAUUGAACAUUUAUUAUAUUGUUAUUGAAAAAUUAUAUCGUGAUAAUUAUUGUUUUAUUGUCCAGUUCUAGUCUUGAUGUAAACACAUAAAGCUGUGUAUCGUCUGCAUAACAGUGAAAAUGGAUAUUGUAGUAGUAAAUAAUAAACAUAAGUGCUCCUAAGACUGAACCAUGCAGUACUCCAUGGUGAACUCUGGAACUUCCUGAACCUUAGUUUUGAAUUUGAACAACAGUGUGUCCUGCUGAAAGAUAUGAAAACCACUGAAAAACGGUUCCCCCAGUUUCAGGUGCAGCCAGACGAUUAAACCCAUUCUCAUCCCAUGGAAUCAAAAAUGGAUGUUUUGUCAAGACCCCUUGGCGUCCCUUUUUAACGCCCUGGGUACCCUUUAGCUGUGGUUGUGUACGUGUAAGAAUAACUAUGCAACAUCCGGUCAAGUUAGCAAGCAAUGCAUAUGCAAUGUGGUGAAACCAUGUUUUCAGUAAUUUAUAGUAGUACUUUUAAAGUUGAACAAUGAUGGUAAUGGGCUUCCCCCAGUGCAAUGCAGAAGGAUAUGACAAAGCAUAGCUACUUGAUGCUCUGGGAUAAGAAUGGGCUGGACUACCCAUGAGGAGGGAUGUGAUACAGUGUCAAAGACUGCAGUGAAGGAGGAUGAGGAUAGAAAGUAGACUAUGGUGCACGGAGGAGGUUGCUAUUGACUGUAACUAGGGCAGUUUCUGUGCUGUUUGGAAUUCUUCAAGGAGAUUAUUGUUAUUGAGGUCGGUCUGUAGUUGAGAAGCAACAACCAUCUCAAGAUUUUAGACAUGAAUGGUAAGUUUGGAAUUGACCUGUAGUUGUUGUGGUUGUUGCAGUCUAAACCCGUUUUUUCCAGAGUUGUUUUGUUUAUGGCAGUUUUCAGCAAAUGGUCAGAGGAGUUGAUAAUGGACAUUAUUGCCAUCACUGUGUGGUAUUAUUAAAUGUAAUCUUAAUUUUUAUACUGUUAACUAGUUUUAUUAUACUGUUUAUUAUGUACGUUGUGAAUGUGAUGGACAUUGUUGCCAUGGAGACCUUUGGGUGUGGCGUGGGCGCACCUCAAAAUUUAACAGUCUACAUGUGCUGUCUCCGUGGUAAGUUACUUUGACAUCAGCUCCAUUAAAUAUUUAUUUUAAAUCAUCUUCUUGUGGGUAAAAGUGUGGUUUAAUUACUUAUAUUAAGCAUGUAAUGUGAACAUCAGCUUUUAGUUGCCGGUGAAAAUGAGUUAUGUUAACUUUGUGGCCUUUUAACUGUUUUUCUGUAAAUUUGUUUAAAAUGUGUGUCGUGUUUAGCUAGGUUAAUUCCAGUUUAAGUUCAAUGCAUUUUAUUGUUUUGGUUUAUAGAAACGUGCUGGAGUUUUAAGACUGACUGUGAUGGAGGAUUAAUCUUUAUCCUGUGUUACCACGUACAUUUAGUUCGUUAAUUUGUUGAUUUUGUGAAAAUUUAACAGUCUACAUGUGCCGUCUCCGUGAAACGUGCUGGAGUUUUAAGACUGACUGUGAUGGAGGAUUAAUCUUUAUCCUGUGUUACCAGAUAAACGAAUUGAAGCCAAAGAUCCACUUGUGUGU